AUGAACAACCAGCAACAACCAGACCUUUACCAGCCUGGCACACAGCUGACUGUCGGUUCCCAUAAGGUGGUGGUCAACAAGUACUUCUCCCAUGGUGGAUUUGCUCAGGUUUACACCUGCACUAUUUCUCCCCCGUGGAACAACAAGCAGGUAGCGUGCUUGAAAAGAGUCAAUGUUCCUGACAAAGGCUCACUUAACACCUUAAGAAAGGAGGUGGAUGCCAUGAGAAAGCUACAAGGGAUUAAUUGCAUCGUUUCAUACAUUGACUCGCAUGCCGCCAGGUCAAAUAGUGGUAAUGGAGCCGGAUAUGAGGUUUUCGUUCUCAUGGAGUACUGUUCCCGCAAGGGACUCAUUGAUUUUAUGAACACCAGAUUGGUGAACAAAUUGACAGAGCCAGAGAUUUUGGUGAUAGUGCAACAGAUCACCGAAGCCGUGGCCCACAUGCAUGCACUUAAUCCGCCUUUGAUCCACAGGGACAUCAAGAUUGAAAACGUUUUGCUUGGGGACGAUGGCACCUACAAGCUUUGCGAUUUCGGUUCCGUGUCCUUGGUAAUAAAUCCUCCAACCAAUGUCGAAGAAUUCCAAGUAAUUCAAGAUGAUAUAAUGAAAAAUACAACUCCACAAUACAGAUGUCCAGAAAUGUUAGACUUAUACAAAAGACAGCCAAUUGACGAAAAGUCAGAUGUCUGGGCUUUAGGGGUGUUUUUGUACAAAUUGUGCUAUUAUACUACACCUUUUGAGCAGAAUUCCAUCAAUGGAAAUGUGAACGGAUACGGAGGAGACUAUGCCAUCAUUAACGGGAUCUACUCCUUUCCCUCCUUGCCUCCAUAUAGUGCAAGGUUGAAAAAUGUAAUUGCUAAGCUGUUAACUGUGGAUCCCAUUUUGAGACCAAAUACCUUUCAGCUGCUAGACGAGAUUUCUAAAUUGAGAGGUGUUCCAUGUCCUGUA